CUAUAUUUUCACGACGGCUGAUUGUCGACUAUGUUAAUCAGUCACUUUGUUGGUUAACGUUAUACAAGUGCGAACUGAUUGAACAACUUGGGGUUAUCAACUAACAUUGCACUAUGGCACAUAUCCAAAAAUUAUUGGAGACAUGUCUAUUAAUGAGCAUGGUGAUUGAGGUUUCAUUUGGUAGAAAUUUUCCGUUGAACAACACGAACACACUUCAAUUGGAGGCAAAACUACCCGAAGUAAUGUCCGGAGAUUCUACUCCAAUGAAAACAACUACAUACAGUGGGUGUCCGAACUAUAAAGCUAACUUAACUAACCCAAUACUAUACGAGGUCUACGUGAACGGAAUUUGGAUGACCAGACGUUGUGCAUUAGGUUCCCAGUUCAAUCAGUCUCUGUGCUCAUGUUCUUCUUUUACGAAAAGUAAAACUGAUUGUGUUAAAGAACUGCAUAUCAAUUUUGACAAUGGUAUAAGAGAUAUUUCGUCUUCCCUUCAGACAAUUGCAAUUAUGAAUGUAAAUACAGAAGAUGGUAAAGGAAUAUUUAAUGGUGGAAAAUUGACACUUUGGAGAUAUAAUGGAUAUUCAUUUCCUAAUGGAAUCACGUUUCAUUUAUCCUACAAAAGAACUGACUUCACAGAGGGAUUGCAGGCAAUUUUCAUGAGCUGCGAUGAAAAUAAUCACAAAGCCAAUCUUGGCAUUAUGCUGAACGCUACCUCUGCUGCAGAAGACAAAGUGCAUAUCUUUGUUCGUCCACAUAGACACAACACGGAAUUGGUUUUUGCAUCGAAGAAAUCCGACUGGAAUGAUGUAUAUUUCUUGUUCAACAAACAUAACUUGAAUGCAACUGUAAAUCAUGAGACAAAAUCUAUUAAAGUUUCAGAAUAUAACAUGCAAACUGGAGGAUAUAAUAUACUCUUUGGGGCAUGUGCACCACUGAAACCGUUUAUAGGAUAUAUGGAUGAUAUAUCACUAUACACAUGCAUUCCAAGAGGAGCAAAAUGAAAGACGAGCCACUGAUCUGUUAAGCUAAGGAAGAGCUUACGAUAUUUGUUAACUCAGAUAUAAUCGACUCAUCCUAGCAUUAUUAUAAUCUUACGUAAAAUUCUCUGCAACGCGUUAAAAUAAAUGAAAUGAUAUCGAAGUUGGGACAGUAUAAAUCUAAAAGCACAAGGCAAGAUGUUUUAUAUUAUUCAGUAUAGUAUCAAUAUUGAAUGAGUUUCACUCACCCCCAACUUUACUUGUUUAUUCACCUAUAAUAUUUUUAUUUACUGUAAUAUUUUCCUUUUUUUUUUUGGCCAAUACAAUAUCUUGCUGCGAAGAUU